AUGGAAAACGUAAGUUUAGCUAGUGAAGAAUAUCAUAAGCAAUCAAAAGUUAAACAAUUAUCCGAUAAUAUUAGUCAAAAAACACUUUCGUCUACAAUACGUAUUCCUCCUAUGUCAGACUUAGCUUUAAAACGAUGGUGUGAUGCUCGUGAUGCAUAUCUUGGUCAAGAACAUCCAUAUGUACAACCAAUUCAAAAAAAGAUUAAGACAAAAAAUAAUGAAGAAACUAUAUCAGUUUUUACACUUGAACCGGAUAUUCAACAUCUUUCACCUUCAAAGCAACAAACUCAAAUUAUACAUGAUCAUUUUGAUGAUAAAUGUGUCGGAACAGAAAUCAAUAGUCCCACAUUAUUUAAAACCGAUAUUGAACAAAUGGAUCAAGGUAUACAAGUAGAUUUACCACCUCCACAAUUUGAAUUACAUCAUGAAUAUGAUACAAGUAUGGUAGAUGGUGAAAAGAAACAGGAAAAUUUCUCAUUGAAACAAAAACCUAUUGAAUACAGUGACAAAGCCAUUGAAACAGAUCCAGUUUUGAAUAUCGAAAGUGUUAAUAAUCAAAGUCGAUCAUUUAAUGAUCUAAUGAUUGAUAAAAAAGAUGAUAAUGAUGAUGAUGAUAUGAAAACAAUUCUUUCAUCAACUGAAUCAAAUACAUCGGUUUCUGAACAACUUCAAAGGUUAAAAUUUCGUUUCAAACGAUUAUCGAAAGAACGUCGUUUAUUAAGUUGUAUUUUGAUACUUUAUAUUAUUAUUAUGUGUGCUUUACUAGUAGUUAUAUUUUAUCUUCUAUGGGCAUUUCAAGGACGAUCAUUGAUUUUAUAUCGAGGCGUAAUCAAAACUAAUACUGCUAUUAUUAAUGGAAUUACUCAAUAUGGUGAAUCAUGUAAUGUUGAUAAUGAUUGUAAACGACCAUUUAUAUGCUAUAAGAAAAGUUCUUCAUCAUCAUCAGGUACUUGCCGAUGUCCAUUAAAAUAUGAUUUAGUUAAUAAUCAAUGCAUUGGUGAUCUCAAUGCAUUAUGUACGAAAGAUACAGAUUGUCAACGAUAUAUGCUUUGUUCAGGUAUGGAAGAUAGAACACGACGUUGUCAUUGUCAACCAAUGUAUGAUUAUGAUAUUGAACGAAAACAAUGUCGUGGUGAUUAUGAUGCUUCUUGUCAAAGUAAUAUUGAUUGUCGAGCUAAUUUAAUAUGUAAUACAACACAUUCACCAUCAAUAUGUGUAUGUCAAUAUCAUUAUCGAUAUUAUCCAUUCGAACAUAAAUGUCGUGGUGAUCCAGGUGCGAUUUGUGAGCAAACAACAGCUGAAUGUAUUGAUAAUGCUGAAUGUCGUGAUGGUGUAUGUGAAUGUGCAUUUCAAUUUAUAUCCGAUAGAAAUAAAAUAUGUGUUGAUCCAUGUCCUAAAAUAGCACCAAAUCCAGUUCGAAUUCGUUAUCCAGGUAAUUGUCGACGAUUUAUUGAUUGUCAACAAAGAUCGAAAAGUGAAUGUCCUGAAAUGACAAUAUUUAAUUUUCGUACGCAACUUUGUGACUAUCCCAAGAAUGUAUUAGAUUGUUAA